AUGACUGUCUCCACAAAGGUAACUCCGGUAGCCGACCACAAAAAAAAUGUCUUCCCAUUUCCACCUAGCAAUUGUUUACCAGGGCAACAUAAGCGCACAGGUGGUACUAGAACUACAUUUGCAUACGUAAUGGACAAAACAAAGGCGCUGCUUCGGCCGACCGUGCGCGCUUCUGCUAUCCUGGUUAGCAUUGUAAUAAAUGCUAAUGAACAUUAG